AUGGAGGAGGAUACAGCAGCUAUGGAGCACUAUGUCGAUUGGCUGAACGCGUUGGAGCAGACGGACCCAGACGGCUACCACCGCGCUAUUGAGACGUUGCAGAGCCAACUUCAGACUGCUGACUCUGGGGUCAAUACCGUCUCUGGAGCACCGAAAGGUUGUGCAAAUGAACUGCUGUUGUACACGUUCAGUCAGAAGUUCUUAGUAGCUCAUAGCCACAGUUCUCUUGUGUCGGAAGCUACCGCGUUCAAGCCCCGUUUUCCUGGUGACAAAAUCAUGGAGGAGGGUGGCUUGCAAGCUGCGAUGGAAGGGGUAUACGUGGAAGUGAAAGCUGGUUUUGCGAUCAAGACAAGGGAUAUGAAGACCAAGGAAGAGGUGUUUGUGAAUGUAGUCUCUGCAGACGAGAUUCAAGAGUUUUCGGAGAAGAGAAAGCUAGACGACAAAGGCAAGGAGCACGAGGGCGUUCAUGUACCAUUGAGCCUGAGUGCGCCGCAUGAGGUGAAGGACGAGACGGGAGCAAAUUCUACAGCGUUUGAUGUGGCUGUGAACACGAAAGUUGUCGAAGGCUGUAAGAUCGACGAAACCGGCACGUUUUGCCACUUUGUUUGCGAGCUAGCGAUCGAGUACGUCGGUCGGAAGUACAACAUCAAGCUCGAUGAUCGCUACGAAGUGCAGCAGUUGGCAUACCGAGGGCAACUGCCUCCGCCAAAGCACUACAUUCGCAAAAAGCAGGCGCCGAUCAUCGAGGAAGUCACCACAACUACGUUAAAGAAGCCCCGCGUCUUUGAAUCGACAGCACCAGAAGUAUCGAGCGCGUCACAUGCAGCUACGGCAUGCUACGAUCUGUUUGAAGAGCGCGAAGGCAAACGAACUGUUUGUCAACGAUCUUCUGCGGUUGCGAAGGACAGCACGCCAUUAUCACCCGAGAUACUGCUGCACUCGGGCGACCGGUUGAUCGUCUCGAUUCAAUUCGAGAACAAAGUGCAUGCAGCUAGUCACGUUGAGGUCGAGUUACAAGCUGAGUUACUGACGGUCAAAGCCGCCACGCAUCGCGAAAUGGAGAUCUUUCUGCCUUACCCUGUCGAAAUCGACUCGCCGACAGUUUGCUUCGACCAGGUCCGCAACAGAAUGGACAUCACCCUUCUGAUUGACAAGUCGUGGGAUACUCUGGGACCGGACUGCGGCUCAGCUUCAUGGCUUCUUGCUCGAAAGUUGGCCGAGGAAACCAACUUGCAGGUUUCGGGAAGUGAAGGUAGGUCGGCCACGACUGCCGACUGUAUCAGUGGGACGCCAAAGACGUUGGCGGGGAUGUUCUGCCUUGCCAAUACUAAUCGACCAGGUUGUGGCAAUGCACCCACGAUACAAGCUAGCAGACGAUGGGACCCUGUCAUGAAUGAUGCUGGAGAGCUGCCACAAGACCAGUCUCAUAGCAAGAACGUGCUGUCCAUGCGCACCUUGGAGCAGCAGCGGACGGAGCGCGAGCAAAAGGAAAACAUAGAAGAGACCGAACUUGCGCAAGAAUGUCCUACGGCAAAGGAAAUGCAGACGGAGGCACAAAAGGUGGAGGAGUUGCAUACGAAUGAGCCGGAGAUGACUUACCUUGACGUCGAAGACAUUGUGCGACAAGAGGAAGCAAGACUUGGCUGCUACAUACAACAACAGCAACAGGAACCAGAGGACCCUGAAAAAGGGUACAUGUCUGUGGAGGACGCAAAGCGAGUAGCAGCCAAUUGGUCCGAGAACAACAGCACGCUCGAUUUGCAAUCGGCCUUGGCGUUCGAUUUGCUUUGA